UAUAUUUCCGUUUCCCACAGCAACCAGUAUAUACAUCGUUCAUUGAAAAGAUACAAGAAAGCCCAAGAAAGGAAUCUGAGACAAAGCUGUCAAGAUGGCAGCAGCCAACUUUGAUGCCAAGCACAUUUUUGGUUUGAAACCAGGUGUAGCUGGAAAUGUUUGUUACCAUGAUGAACAGACAAUUGUGUAUCCAUCUGGAGCCAACUGUGUUAUGUACAACAUUGACCAGAAGACACAAAAAUUCAUUUUACCAACAGAGAAGAGUGAAGGAAUGACAGCAUUGGCAAUAGGUCCAAACAGAAGAUAUGUUGCCAUAGCUGAAAAGGGAGAAAAACUUGUAAUAAACAUUUAUGACUUGCACAAUAACAGAAAGAAGAGAUCUUUAGUGCAACCACCAGAUAUUAAAGCCACUGAAUAUGUCAGUCUUGCAUUUUCACCUGAUUCAAAAUAUCUUAUUGCACUGACAGGGAAGCCAGAUUACACUUUACUUUAUUAUACCUGGGAAAAAUCUAAAGUUUUGGCUUCAACAAAGACAACCAAUCCACAAACCAAUAAUCCAGUGUAUCAGGCUAGCUUCAACCCACAAGAUAAUACACAACUGUGUGUAGUUGGCAAUGGAAUAUUUAGAAACUUCCGCUAUAGUGAGGGUAACCUCAAAGCUUUCAAUUUCCAAAAGAUGGAACCACAGAAUUUCUUAUGCCAUGCUUGGGUGUCAGAAGAAAGAGUUGUGGUUGGAACUGAUACUGGGAAGUUGUUGUUGUUUGAAAAUGGAGAAAUAAAAAAUGAAUUCAACAUUGGGGCAUCACUCCAAGACAAGAAGCAGGCAGAUGAUGAUUCCAGCAUUGUAGCCAUUCCACAAGUGACUGCUAUAGUUGCCUAUUCUAAAGGAUUUGCCUGUGCCUGUGGUCCUGGAACUGUACAUCUGUAUGAAAAGACAGAUGAUAAAGAUUUGUUCAAAAAGUCCAAACAAAUCAAGAUUCCACAAGAUAAUUUCAGUUCUUAUGCUACUAAGGCUCAACAGCAAAUAAUUACAUGUUUAGCCAUCAGUCCAUCAGAAGAAACUCUUGUUGCUAGUACAGACCAAAGUCAGAUAUAUCAUAUACAGUUACCCAGUGCAGAUCUUGGGAAGAGUGAAGGUGAUGUUGUCCAGUUUGAAACACUUUCUCAAUCCUUCCAUAGUGGACAGAUUUUAGGUGUUGAUAUUUGUAUCCGUAAACCACUUAUAGCCACAUGUUCUUUAGACAAGUCUGUUAGAAUAUGGAACUAUGAAAAAUGUAAUUUAGAACUGUAUAAAGAAUUUCCUGAAGAGUUGUUUAGUAUAGCCCUCCAUCCCUCUGGUCUGUAUAUCCUUGUUGGUUUCAAUGACAAACUGAGGUUACAGAACCUAUUGAUAGAUGACAUCAGGACAUUCAAAGAAUUCAACAUUAGAGGCUGCAGGGAGUGUACCUUCAGUAAUGGUGGCCAUCUCUUUGCUGCUGUUAGUAACAAUGUCAUCCAGAUCUUCUCCACUACAACCUUUGAAGAUGUUGCCACCCUCAGAGGUCACAAUGGCAAGGUCAGAUCUAUAACAUUCAGUAAUGAUGACACCAAGUUAGUGUCGUGUGGCAUGGAAGGAGCUGUUUAUGAGUGGAACAUCUUUACAUCUAAGAGAAUUCGUGAGAACGUGGAGAAGGCCUGUAGUUAUACUGGGGUUUCUGUAACAGCAGACAACAAAACAAUAUAUACAGUUGGAACAGAUAAGAGAAUUAAAGAACUGGCUGAUUUUGAGGUUGUAAGGAACAUACCAGUUGGUGAUAUAUCACUUACAACAGUUGCCUUGUCACAUUCUGGUCGUAUGUUGUUUGGAGGUACAGCCAGGGGAUCUGUUUGGUCAUUCAAAUUCCCAUUGACUAUGCCUGUUGAUGGUAAACCUACAUGGGAAGAGAAACCAGGUCAUGGCAUGGCUAUUACUAAGAUGAAGAUCACUUAUGAUGACCAGUUUUUGGUGACUGUUUCUGAAGAUGCCUGUGUCAUGUUAUGGAAGCUAAGAGACCAAGAAGCAAGAGGAGUAUCUAAACGUGAUAAAGAUAUUGGAUGGACCGAAGAAAUUCUCAUUACUAAGAGUGAUUUGGAAGAUAAGAACAACCAAAUGGCAGAGUUAAAACAGAGGGUACAAGAAUUACAAACAGAAAAUGAGUAUCAGCUCAGGUUGAAAGACAUGAGUUACAAUGAGAAAAUCAAGGAAUUGACUGAGAAAUUCAUUGAAGAAAUGGAGGCACUGAAAACCAAAAACCAGGUGCUGAAAACAGAAAAAGAUAAAGAAGAAGCUAGACAUGAAGAGGAACUGACAGAAAAACUAGAAGCUCACUCUAGAGAACUUCAGGAUUUAGAAUCUGCCAAUAACCAGAAACUUAUGUUAGAGUAUGAGAAAUUCCAAGAUAUGCAGGCAAAAAUGAACAGAUUACAGGAGGAAUAUGACCGUCGCCUCCAAGAGAAGAAUGAUAGUCGUGAGAGAGCUCUACAAGAACUGACAGAAUACUUUGAAACCAGAGUUCAAGACAUGACUGCUAAGUUAGAACAAGCACACGAUGAAGCUCAACAAGCAGCCAGAGAAUACGAGGAAACUAAGAAACAGAUAGAGGAAGAUUCUGACAGAGAAAUCUUAGACAUCAAAAAUAAGUAUGAGAUGGCACUGAGAGAAGAAAAAGAUAAACACACCAAACUCAAGGGAGAAGCUGGUAUUACACAGAAGAAGUAUGAAGGUGUACAAAAGGAAAUUAAAGAACAGAAACAACAGAUCAAGACAAUACAACAAGAGAACAAGAAACAUGAGAAUACAAUCCAGAAUAUGACAAAAGAAAUUGAAAAUCAAAUUAAAGAAAAACAAGAGAGAGAUGAUACCAUUCAGGAUAAGGAAAGAAGAAUAUAUGAUCUGAAGAAAAAGAAUCAAGAAUUAGAGAAGUUUAAGUUUGUGUUGGACUACAAAAUAAAAGAACUAAGAAAGCAGAUCCUACCAAGAGAAGAAGAUAUUAAGAAAAUGAAGGAGCAAAUACAAGAGAUGGAAAGUGAAUUGGAGAGAUUCAACAAACAGAACACACAACUAGAACUGAGUAUCAAGGAGUUGACACAAAAACUGAAAGCUACAGAUAAGGAAAUGCACCAGGAGAGACAAAAGGUGCGAGAUGUUGAAGCAGUUGUGAAAAGAUUUAAGACAGAUUUACACAACUGUGUUGGUUACAUACAAGAUCCAAAGAUGUUGAAGGAGAGCAUCAAGGCAUUGUAUUCCAAACAUGUGCAAGAGGACAUUACUGAAUCAGCCAGUGUAGAUGCUGACAUCCAAAAAGAAUACAGUAGACAGAGAGAACAUCUUGAAAGAUCUGUAGCAUCCCUACGUAAAAAGUUAGCCAAGGAUUCCGGUAUCCACAGAGCAGACAAUGUUAGGAUUAUGCAGGAAAAUGUAUCCUUAAUCAAGGAAAUCAACGACCUGAGACGAGAGCUUAAAAUAGCCAGAACAACAAUACAUGACUUAGAAGCAGCUAUGGGACUUCAUAGUAAGAAGGCAAAGAAAGAUCCAAAUUCUGUUCAGACGAUAUCAUUUAAAGCACCAUCAGUAAUGGCUGAGCAGGAGCUUGAAGAGAAAAAUAAAAUCAUUGAAAUGCAGAGAAUGGAGAUAAGGAGACUAAGAGAAGAAUUUGAUUCAGGAUCAAGACCACCAUCUAGACCCUCAUCUAAUCCAAAACUACCACCUAUGGAAGUUGCAUAAACAUUGUAUGGAAAUUAAGAAUUUAUUCUACUGCCGAUUUAAUGCUACACUACUUAAUGAAAGAUGAAUUAUUUUGGUCAAUUUAAAAAAUUUUGGGAUAUCUAUUUGGAAUAAUUUAUUUUUAGAAAUUUACUUUUCUUAAGUUUUUCUAAGCUCUACCAUUGUUCCAGAGGGUGGACCAUUUCAGACUGUGAUAAUAUUUUAAUGACUUUUAUAUAUAUUUAUUGAUUUAUUGAGUGCUAAAGCUCUCACAAUAUUUUGUGUGAUAAUCUUUUUUGUAAAUGUGUAAAUAUAAUAGAAGUAAAUGUUAUAUCUUAUUUGUACAAUCGAAUAAAAAAAUAAAAGUAAA